UUUAGUAUAUAUAAAUAAACCAUCAAUGAAAAAAUCUACUCAACCAAUUAAACAUUUGCCAAGUACUUUAAUGGAAUAUAGACAAAAUGCACUUUCUUCAAUGAAUAUACCUCAGACAUCUAUGAAAAUAUGUACUAAACCAGUUAAAACUUUGCCCUGUACUUCUAUAGAUGUUACAAGUACUAUAGAUAAUAGUGAGGAAGUUUCUUGUAAUGAAACCACCCCCAAGAAAAGACGAUUUUCUGAACCUAGAUUUGUUUCUGAAAUAACAAGUCCAGAUGUAAAAACACCUCGAAGAGCUAAAAGGGCUAUUCAGUUGGCCCAAGCUACAAUAAGGCAGAAAACAAAAAAAAUUAGAGCCCUACAAGAGUCAAACAGAUAUUUGAAGAAGAAAAUUGAAUCCCUCAAGGAUGUAAUUGUUCAUCUUCGUAAAAAUAAUGUAGUCUCUGAUGAUAAAUGAGAUACAACUAAAUUUAGAUAAAGGUUUUAAAGGCGCGGUAGUGAAAAAAAUCCUGUUCUGGUUAAUAUAGUUAUGGAUGAAAUGUCUAUAAGGGAGCAAAUUAUUUAUACCAAGGGGCAAUUUUCAGGGCAAAUAAACCUUGGCACAUCUAAUAUUGAAAUACCUGAUAAUGGGGCCCUGGCAAAAAAUGUGCUUGUGUUUAUGGCAGUAGCCCUUGAUAGCCAUUGGAAAAUUCCUUUGGGAUAUUUUCUUGUAAGGGGUUUGACUGGGACAGAACGAGCCAAUUUGCUCCACAAAUGAUUGGAACUAAUUAAUGAAACUGGAGCAAAAACGUUUUCCAUAACAUUUGAUGGAGCUGCCACAAAUUUAAACAUGUGUUCUGAAAUGGGGGCAAAAUUUGAUUUUAACAAUUCAUUUCAGUCUUUGUUUGUCAACCCAUGUACUUCUGACAAAGUAUUUAUUUUUUUUAUGCUUGUCAUAUGAUAAAAUUAGUCAGAAGUACAUUGGGAGAUAAACAGGUAGUUUAUUAUAAAAAUAAAAUUAUAUCAUGGGAUUUCAUUAAAAAAUUACAUGAUCUUUAAAAAGAACAAGGUUUGCAUUGCAGGGCAAAAUUAACAAUGAAGA